AUAGGCACUCGCAAACUCCAGAAUUUAAGCCCCUAUUCAUUCUUCGUUGCAAGCUGCAAUCGAAAUCACUAUUUAUGUCUUUAAUCUCUUCAAUAUCUGUUGGUACAAGGGUUAUAUCAGUUUAGUUUUUGCGCUGUUAACGUUCUACUUUAAGGUGAAGUGAUUAGAAAUCCCAGUAAUCAUAUAUUAGCCUCUGAAGAAGGCGCUAUGGCAUCCAUGUUAGCUCCAAUUUCAGGCAUAUGGGUAUCCACCGAUCAUAGCCAUAGGAGGCUUUUUGAAGUAAUUCCAAGCCCUGUGCGUAAGGCAUGGGACAAGUGGAACGUACGAGGAUCAAUCCUAUUGAGCUUUCUCUGUCAGAUUAUAAUCGGCCUCAUGGGAAAUCGCAGAAAACACACUGUUUCUAAACUCACCGACACGCUUGUUUGGGGAGCCUACUUGCUCUCAGAUUGGGUCGCAAACUUUGGACUUGGUGUUAUCUCUAGUAAGAUUGGAGACCCUAUUCAUCAAUCGAAUAGUGAACAAGAUGAUGAUUCUGUGCUCUUAGCAUUCUGGGCAACCUUGUUCUUAGUUCAUCUUGGUGGUCCAGCUUCCAUCACAGCUUAUGCACUUGAGGACAAUGCUCUGUGGCGUAGAAGCUUGGCUCUGUGGUUAAUACAAUCAAUCAGAGUCCUUUACAUUGUUCUUUUGGCUUGGAGAAAUACUGGGCUCUCGUAUCUCAGCAUCGCCAUGCUUGUUAAUGGAUUCAUCAAAUAUGGGGAACGAACAUGGGCUUUAUAUUCUGCAAGUAUUGAUUAUCGCCGUGACAAGAUGAUUCCUCCUUUAGAUCCUACCAUCCAUGGGAAGAAAUUCAUUAUUGAAGAGUCCACCAAUGAUUCGAAUCAUUUGGUUUCUCUUGACGAUCAUGAAUCAAAAGCUGCUUUGGAUAUUAUUAGAACUCCCCAGGAUCUGCUAGAUAACUUCAUGCAUUUAUUCGUGAGUCUCUUUAAGGAUCUUGUCUUGAGCUAUGAUUAUCUUCAGAAACACCAAUCAUAUUUUCGAGAAUUGAAACCUGAACAUGCCUUUGGGAUGGUCGCGGUUCAACUUGGAUAUGCCUACAAUUUUUUCUACACCAAGGCUUCAGUUUUUCACAGGGACUUGUUCAUUAACUUGGUGGCUAUCACUCUAUUCCUCGAGACUGGGGUGCUGAUCUGCUUUGGAUUUAUCAUCAAUGCAGAGUCUCACAUGGUAACUUCGGAUCAAAUAAUGUUAACUUGGUCGUUGUUGGUUGAAAUAGUACUGCUCGACGCAUGGUCAAGCGAUGUGGUAACGAAUUCAAACGAACAGUUCUAUCUUCCUUACGUUCUCCAUUCAUCUCAUAGCAGUAAUGUGGAUGAACUUUAUGGAUUCUAUGAGAUAAGUUCUAAGAGAACGUGGGUUAAUGUAAUCCCUCAGUGCAACUUUCUAACUCUCAGCCUCCAACACAACAAAGAUUCUGUGAAUUUCAACCAACUAAAAGAGCUGCUAAACAAAAGAAUCCUCAAGCCCACUAAGGAACUGCAUCAUCAUAUUUUCAACCACUUGAUCAAGAAAUCAGAACUAAUCUCAGGAGGGCAAAACGUGAGCAAGUAUGGAGUGAAUGACGCCAUUGAAGCAAGAGGUCUCAAGUCAAUAGAAUGGACGAAAAUGUUAGAGUUUCACCAAAGCAUUCUCACAUGGCAUGUUGCCACAGACAUAUGCUAUUAUUAUAGUAUUACUGACCAUGAAGAUGAUGAUCCCAAGAAGAGCAUCAGCAAGAUGAUCUCAGAAUACAUGUUAUAUAUUCUGGUGAAGCAAAGACACAUGUUGCCUGUAGGAACAGGACUGAUAAGCUUUCGUGACACGUGUGCAGAAACCAUACAAGUUCUUAGACAGUUGAAAAUAGAACUUCCAUCAAAGAAUGUACAGGAAGCUUGUGAGAAGCUACUAGGUGUGAGACCUGAUUCAGUGAGAAGGAGUGAGUCAAAGUCUGUGAUAGUUGAAGCGUGUAGGCUUGCAAGAUCGCUGGUGAUAGAAAUGGAGAAGAAGGAGAUGUGGGAGUUAUUGAAAGUUGUGUGGGUGGAGAUUCUUGUCUCUGCAGCAACACAGUGUAAGGCAGAUCAGCAUGCACAACAACUUAGAAAAGGUGGAGAGUUUCUCACUCAUGUGUGGCUUCUUUCUGCACAUCUUGGUAUCAUGGAACAAUUUCAAGUAAGACCAUCACUAGCAAACCCUCCAAUGAAUCAAGUGAACAGAAAUGAGAGAGAUGAAACACCUGUAGAUGCAGUUGGUGAAGAGAAUUUGUAGAAGGACGUGCUCUUCAAGCUAGUUUCUUCUUGUAUUUGUUACCAACACUUGUUGAAUCAUGUUAGAUCGUGUUACUACAGUAGUUCUUACUGUAAAAUAGUGGACUGAUGUGAAAGUAUGCCACAUAGAGAGAGAGAGAGAGAUUUGGUUACUAUAUAUAUAUGGAGAGAGAGAUAGAUAGAUAGAUGUUGUAAUAAAAUGGGUUUGAAGUGAAGGCACGCUACUUGUUGAAUCAUGUUCCAGAUUUGGUCGUUGCAAGGGCAGUUAACUUGAAAGAUCAUAAAAGAAAAGACUGAA